AUGACGCCCUAUACAAGCGUGGCUUCAGCCUCCCCUACCUACGGUGCUCGCUCGCUAGCACACAAGGCCAUUAGGCAAGGAUACUUUUGGCCCUCACUUCACACUGAUGCCCAAGCCUUCACCCAGAAGUGCGAUAAGUGUCAGCGAUUUGCUAAUAUCUCUCAACUCCCAACUGAACCAUUGACAGCCAUGGUCAGUCCUUGGCCACACUAA